GACCCAUCCGUUUCUCCCGCCGCUGCUGCAAUACAAAAGAUACCCUAUAAUAAUGCCUUUGUCGAUAUGUACAUAUUUCCAGUUAUUCGGUUAUCAAGAUAAACUAAAUUAGGUUUGCUGCAACAUGUCACUCAAUAUAGAAGACAUCACUUUAUCUGACCCAAUCACCCUCAACGUUGACGCCGUAUCCGUCAUUUGUUCAUGGCUGCCGCUAAAGGACAUUAAAAACUGUCGCCUCCUCUCCAAAAUGUGGGACGAUGGGGCCUCCACCGUCCUAAAAAACGAGAGCAUAAUUCGCCUAAACUGCAACCUCGUUCCAAACGAAGUAAAACGAAAUGAACGAUGUGUCAAAGACCUGGUAAAAUUUGGGAAUCCGGCCAAUUUACAUAUCGACGUUGGAGUUUCUUGGGAGGUCGAGGAAUACGAUGAGGUCAACUUUUCGAGAGUUAUCGCUCUCCUAAAAGAAUUCACGUGCGUGCGAAGAUUAAAAUUUUCCGGGGCUGUUUACCUCCCUUGGCAGAAUGAAGUGAUGGAAACUGUUUUCCUCAAUGUUUCCGAAAGUGUGUCCCAUUUAGAAUUUGACGUGGAAUAUUCCAUGGGAAACGUCGCGGGCGAGUUCGUACCUGGUCAGGAAUUUUGUGGGGGGAAGAAAUUCGUCCACGUAAAAAGACUGGAUAUUUUAGAUGAUUAUACGAUCGGGAUGAUUACAGGGCUUCCAGGAGUGAAGGAGCUUUCCGUUGUUAAUUCGAGUUCAUUAAAGCAUUUGGAGAAACAAGGUUUACCACGCCUAUCGAAAUUGCACCUUUUAAGCUUAAAUGGAGAACUGGAACUUCGAUCCGUCCUCCAGUUGAACCGACCACUGAGAACGCUCUCGAUUUACGAAUUAAGUACAGAGAAUAAAAAUAAUCCAUACCUACGAAUUCACCUCGAUUUACACGAGCUCCUCUGCAAACAUCGUAACACUUUAGAAUACCUCACCUUAGAAUUAGGCUCAUUCUGCAUAUUGCCGGCCGGCAGUGUCUGGAAACUCCCCACGUUUCCUAUCUUGAAACGUCUUAAGCUCUUAAUAUCAAAUAGUGACAACGAUUUUGACAUUCGUUUUGACACCGCCGUGUUAAACGUUUCUACAAAUUUUCCGCAAUUGAGGGAAAUUAAUUUAGUUUUUGUGGAACAAUGGAAGGGUGGGUGGAUCCGGUGUUUUGAUUCGCUGUUCCCACCCACCCGGAAUGAAGUCGUUUGUCGGAGUGUGACACAUUUUGAGAUCCGAGAUCAAUCCGAGGAUCAAAUUUAUAACGAGAGAGUUUCCACAGCGAGUAGAAUUUUUGAUGUGAAAGGAAGUGAAAUUGAUGCAAAGUUUGCCAGGCCUUUAGAAAUGUUUCCUAAAGCGGAGAAUAAGUUUAUGCUGGAUUUGAGAAAAUAGUACGGUUUCAAAGGAUAAAUUAUUGUGUAUGUACGUAGCUUUAAUUUUCAAGUUAAAUUGAAAUGUUAGCUCACGUUUUUACUACAUAUGCAUUAACAGUAAAAAAAUAUUGUUGAUUGUGUGAUGUUAUAUACUUUUAUAAAUGUUUACACGGGCAUUUAAUAUAAAUAAUUAUUAAGACGAUUUUCAAUCCAUUUCCGAUCCUACUGCUAAAAUUUUUUUGUAAUUAGAUUAAGUACUACAAAUUAUGUAGCUAUAUACAUAUGUACACUAAUGUAUAUAAUGGUUAAGGAUUAUACAUAUAUUAUUUAAUAUUACAAUAUGAUAUCAUUGAUUAUUAUACUAUAUUAUUUUUCUUUUUCUUCUUAUUAAUAUUAUCUUAUAUUAUUAUUGUUAUUAUUAAGAUAUUAAUAUGUUAAUGAUACAUACAUAACACGUGUAUGUAUCUGACGGCAGUUAAAACUACAAUGAAACAAUUUGCGAGCUAAUGCUAAUUUCUUUAUCCAAUUAAAAAAAAUCAUAUCGCGGAACUAUUAAAAUUGCUUUAUUCUAUGCAUUACUCCAAAAUUACUGCCAACCAAUUUUCAAACCAAGAAUCGUAAAAUUCAUAACAUUACAUUUUUAGUUCAUAAACAUGUAUUUAUGUAACUAAUUUCGCCAAUUCCAUGCCCUUCAAAAUCUAGCCGUGUUUAAAUUUCUCCCUUAUUCAACUACUGCAGAUCCAUUCCCACAAUCCACCUCCUAAGUUGAUCAAAGACAUGGUACCUCAAAUUUGGAAACGUUGCGGAAAUUCGGUUAA